CUCUCUCUCUCUCUUCUCUGGUAGUUGGGAUGACAGCAGUUCGGUCAGCAGCGGUCUCAGUGACACUGUAGAUAACAUCAGCACAGACGAUCUGAACACCGCCACCUACCCCGCCGUCACAUCUGUCACCACGCAAGAACAAGGCAGCCCAGGUACAGCGGACACACACCAGCAUGUGGAGCAGGAGGUCAGCAGCAGCUGGGCCGGAGCUGAAGAUCUGAAGAAGGUGGACGAGGAGCUGGAUGUCAACAUGGAGCCCGGCUCAAAGUGGAAAUCUUCCUCCUCCUCUGCCUCCUCGCCAGCGGGGCAGUGCGGCGAGGAUCCCGGGCAGAAGACGGGCCUACCCAUGUCCCAGACUGGUUCCUGGAGGAGGGGUAUGACUGCCCAGGUGGCCAUCACGCCCCCCCGGACCAAAGGCACCAGCGCCACCCUCAAAACCCCUGGUAAAACUGAUGACGCCAAGGCCUCAGAGAAAUGCAAGGUCCCCUCCAAGACCGCUGGCAUCCAGCGCUCGCCCUCCGACGCCGGCAAGAGCAGUGGCGACGAGGGCAAGAAACCCCCCUCGGGCAUCGCCCGCCCCCCCACCACUGGGUCGUUCGGGUAUAAAAAGAUGGCCAGCCCCCCCUCUGGUGCCCUCAUCACGUCCAGCGGUGCCACCCUGGCCAGUGGCUCCGCCACCCUGGGGAAGGUGCCCAAGUCUUCGGCUAUCGGCAAGGGGACAGGGAUCAGCGGAGGCCGUAAGACCAGCCUGGAUGGCUCCCAGCCCCAGGACGAUGGGGUGCUGAUGGGCUGCGGAGGCUCCAAGGUGUCCCUCCAGUACCGCUCUCUGCCCCGGCCGGCCAAGUCCUCCAGCGGGGGGGUGGUGGGGCGCAGCGGCCACCGCUCCAGUUCCAGCAGCAUCGAUUCCAAUGUCAGCUGCAAGUCGGCCGGAGGAACGGGGACCAAGCGAAGGGACGCUGGGAAGGUGGGCUCGGGGCGCUCGAGCCCCAUCCCCAUCACCAUCAACCAGACGGACAAGGAGAAAGUGGCCGUGUCGGACCAGGACCCAGCAGGUUUAUCCACCUCCMCCAAGUCCAGCCCCACCUCCACGGGCCAGUCUGGCCUCAGGCAACCAGGGUCCAAGUACCCGGACAUCGCCUCACCUACCUUCCGCAGGUUGUUUGGCACCAAAGCCAGCAGCAAGGCCAGUACCCCAGGCACACCCGACUCAGGCAAGUGCCCCUCUGCGUUGGGCAGCCCUCAUGGCACAUUGGCGCGCCAGGCCAGCCUGGACUCUCCCUCCUCGGGCACGGGGAGCCUGGGCAGCGCGGGCGGGCAGAGCGGGGCUAGCAGCCCACUUUAUGGCAAGGCCCCUGACCUGGGCACUGAUUCGCCUGCCUCCAGCCCGGCGUCAGGCCUCUCGCUGCCCUCCAACGCCCGCCCCUGGCCCACCAACCUCAGCAGCUCCUCGGCAUGCUCUGGCAGUAAGGACACACUGAGCUGCCAGAGCAUGACCAGUCUGCACACCAGCUCCGAGUCCAUUGACCUGCUGCUGGGGCACCACCACGGCCCCAAAGUCACCCGCACGGCCAGCGUCAAGUCCACGCUUUCUGAGGGAAGGCUUCGGCCGAGGCCACGCGGGCAGAGAGCCGGAUACUGGAAGGGAACCUUGGAGGCUCCGCAGCCCAUCGAGCAACACCCAUCGUCCUGGGGCUGGGAGCGCAGUCGCAGCCCUACGUCCCAUGAGGAGGGGAAGGAGUGGCUGCUUCUCCACUGCACUGGAGGGUUACAAGGCACGGGGAGUCCAUCCCCUCUCCCCCCUGGAGUUGCAUGCACAAGCACUGGAAAAUACCACUACUCCAACCUGCUGAGCCCCACCAACCUGUCACCCUACAACCUGCCAGGACCCAGCAGUAUGAGUCGCUCCAACAGCAUCCCUGCCCAGGACUCUUUUGACCUGUAUGGAGAAGCCCACCUGGGGGGCAGCGCCACCUCUCUGGAGGACAGACCCCGGGGCAUGAGCCGCUCUGGCUCCUUCAGGGACAGCACCGAUGAAGUCCAUGGAUCCUCACUGUCGCUGGUCUCCAGCACCUCGUCCCUGUACUCUGCGGUUCUUUCCUUUCUGGCCAAGACAGAGGAAAAGGCACAUUCUGAGGGUCAAACAGGCCAAAAUACCACGCAAAUCAGGAAGCUGCGACGAGAGUUGGACGCCUCCCAGGAAAAGGUCGCGACCCUCACAUCUCAGCUGUCUGCCAAUGCUCACCUGGUGGCAGCCUUUGAGAAGAGCCUGGGGAACAUGACCUGUCGCCUAACGAGCCUCACCAUGACAGCUGAGCAAAAGGAGUCGGAGCUGGCUGAGCUGAGAGAGACCAUCGAGGCGCUGAAAGCCCAGAACACAGACGCCCAGACAGCCAUCCAAGUGCCCUCAACGGCCCGACACCUACACAAAGACCUGCGGAUUAGGCGGCAACACUCGUCGGAGAGCAUGUCCAGCAUCAACAGUGCAGCCAGUCACUCAUCCCUGGGCAGCGCCAAAGACCUAGAGGACAAGAAGAAGAAGAAGAAGAGCUGGGGAAAGGAGAGAGGCAACAAGGUGGCUGAUUCCAUCCCAGCACAGUUGCGGAGCUCGUUCAAGCAGGCGUUCAGUAAGAAAAGGGACAAGCCUCAGUCUCCCCAAGAUGACAUCGAAGAGAUGACGGACUCAUCGCUGCCCUCGCCCAAGCUACAGCAUGCUAACAGACAGGACAGCUUCCCAACACUACUCUCCUCAGCCUCUACCACAGAGCUGUGUGAGUGCACGGAGGCGGAGGCGGAGAUCAUCCUGCAGCUGAAGAACGAGCUGAGGGAGAAGGAACUGAAGCUGACAGACAUCCGCCUGGAGGCUCUUAGCUCCGCCCACCACCUGGACCAGAUCCGAGAGGCCAUGAACCGUAUGCAGAAUGAGAUCGAGCUGCUGAAAGCYGAAAAUGACCGRCUCAAGACGGGAGGCACCACGCCAGCCGCCACGCCAGCCAAGAUGGGCCGGCCGCCCUCUGAGACCUCCAGCACAUCCUCGUCCUCCUCGCGCCAAUCUCUGGGCCUGUCCUCAACAACCUCAAUAUCAGAAGACACCAUCAUGUCAGAUAUUCUCCUGGACGAUGGUUAUGAGGGCAAUCUACGCAAAGAGGGGCGCAGUGUCCGCAUUGUGGUCACAAUCAACAGUGGCUCCAAUAAGACCAAGGGUAUGCAAAGCCAGGAGUACCUCAUUGGUUCCAUCGGCGUGAGCGGAAAGACCAAGUGGGAUGUGCUAGAUGGAGUAAUCAGACGAUUAUUCAAGGAGUACGUGUUCCGGGUGGACCCACUGACCAGUCUGGGGCUGAACUCAGACAGUAUAGUCAGCUAUAGGAUGGGGGAUGUGGUGCGGGCCCACGCCUCUGAACUGCCUGAAAUGCUGCCCUGUGGCUACCUGGUGGGGGACAACAACGUCAUCAGCGUCAACCUCAAAGGUGUGAAGGAGAACAGCAUAGACAGCCUGGUAUUUGACACCCUCAUCCCCAAGCCCAUCAUCCAGAGAUACCUCAACCUGCUCAUGGAGCAUCGCCGCAUCAUCCUCUCUGGCCCCAGCGGCACCGGGAAGUCCUUCCUGGCCAGCAAGCUGGCAGAGUUCAUUGUCACCAAGUCUGGUCGAAAGGUCACGGAGAGCAACUUGGCUAGCUUCAACGUGGACCAGAAAUCCAGCAAGGACCUGCGUCAGUACCUAUCCAGCCUGGCAGAGCAGUGCAACUCUGAGGACAGCGAGACGGAGCUGCCCACCGUGGUCAUACUGGACAACCUCCACCACAUCGGCUCACUCAGCGACAUCUUCAACGGAUUCCUCAACUACAAGUACCACAAAUGCCCGUAUGUGAUUGGAACCAUGAACCAGGGAGUGUCUUCCUCUCCCAACCUUGAGCUUCACCACAAUUUCAGGUGGGUGCUGUGUGCCAACCACACGGAGCCGGUCAAGGGUUUCCUGGGACGAUUUCUGCGCAGGAAGCUGAUCGAGACAGAGAUCAACAGGAACAUGCGCAGCAAUGACCUCAUCAAGGUCAUCGACUGGAUUCCCAAGACGUGGCAGCACCUCAACGGCUUCCUGGAGGCCCACAGCUCCUCAGACGUCACCAUCGGUCCCAGGCUCUUCCUGUCCUGCCCCAUGGAUGCAGAUGGCUCGCGGGUGUGGUUCACUGACCUAUGGAACUACUCCCUGGUGCCUUACCUGCUGGAAGCCGUUAGAGAAGGGCUCCAGCUGUACGGCAAGAGGGCGGCGUGGGAGGACCCGUCUAAGUGGGUGAAGGACACCUACCCCUGGAGAUCUGCCUCCUUGCAGCAUGACAGCCAGGCCCUGCUCCAGUUACGGCCAGAGGACGUGGGCUAUGACGGCUACAGCUCCUCCAAAGAGGGCGCCUCCUCCAAACAAGUGUCACAGAGUGACACGGAAGGAGACCCACUGAUGAACAUGCUAAUGAGGCUGCAGGAGGCGGCCAACUACUCCAGCGCGCAGAGCUGCGACAGCGACAGCGCCAGUCACCAUGACGACCAGCUGGACUCGUCGCUGGAGUCGGCGCUCUAGACGAGAGCUCGGAGAGGAGACCUCAGAUGGAGUGAUGGAGCGGAGCGCUUUUCAGCGUAGCGUCAGCGAGACGUGGCGGCUCGAACACUUCCAGGCACCCCACACAUAAGACAGAGAGAUGUGUGUAGUCAGGAGAUGUCUGUUAGCGGGGUUGGGGGGAGUAAGCCCUCUYACAAAAUGGAGUAGAUUUUUGUGUAUGGUGAUUGAGACACAGUCCUCCAUUUCUCCACUAGAUGUGGCAUCCCAAAAUGCAGGCUGCACGUACACAGUGAGAGACAAUUAUGUCUGUGGUUCUACACCAUAAAACUGGAAUUGACAUUAUAGUUUUAUUUAUGUUGAUUCACAGUUGUUGUAUUAACUACGGAUGUUUACAAGG